AUGGGUUCGAGAUACCCAUCUCACCAGCUCGGCAACGGCCUCUUCGUGUCUGGUCGUCCCGAGCAACCCAAAGAAAGACCUCCAACGAUGAGCUCAGUAGCAAUGCCUUACACUGGUGGAGACAUCAAGAAGUCAGGAGAGUUGGGGAAGAUGUUUGAGAUUCCAACGGAUGGGACAAAGUCAAGAAAGUCUGGUCCCAUCUCCGGUGCUCCUUCAAGGUCUGCCUCAUUUGCACAAUCAGGUCAAGGGGGUCCUAACGCUGGUGCUACCACUCGUAUGUCUGGCUCUUUAGCUUCUGCUGCUGGCUCUGUCUCCAUGAAGAAAACAAACUCUGGACCUUUAUCUAAGCACGGAGAGCCUCUAAAGAAAUCAUCUGGGCCUCAAUCUGGGGCUGGGACACGGCAAAACUCCGGUCCUAUUCCUGUUCUUCCGGCUACUGGUCUCAUUACAUCAGGUCCUUUAAAUUCAUCUGGUGCUCCUAGAAAGGUUUCUGGUCCUUUAGACUCGUCUGGUUCGUUGAAGACACAUCAUAUGCCUUCUGUUGUUGCUGUACACAACCCGGCCGUAACUACCCUUGGUCCUCUGGAUGACUUUUCCAGCCUCAAGAGCUUCCCAAAGCCUGUCUUGUGGCUGGUUGUUCUUAUAUUUGUGAUGGGGUUCCUUGCCGGAGGCUUCAUUCUUGGCGCAGUUCACAAUCCUGUGCUCCUCAUCGUUGUUGCAAUCUUCUUUGCAGUUGUUGCUGCGCUUUUUGUUUGGAAUAUUUGUUGGGGGAGACGUGGUGUCACUGAAUUCAUUGCUCGUUAUCCUGAUGCUGACCUUAGAACUGCUAAAAAUGGUCAAUACGUUAAGGUCACUGGGGUGGUUACUUGUGGUAAUGUGCCGCUUGAGUCAUCAUAUCAGAGAGUUCCUAGAUGUGUGUACACAUCCACAUGUCUAUAUGAGUAUCGUGGAUGGGGUUCAAAACCAGCUAAUUCUUCACAUCGUUUGUUCACAUGGGGACUGAGAUCAUCAGAGAGACAUGUGGUGGACUUUUACAUAUCAGAUUUUCAAUCUGGACUCAGAGCCUUAGUCAAAACAGGAAACAGUGCAAAGGUGACACCUCUUGUAGAUGAUUCUGCUGUUAUAGAUUUUAAGCACGGAAAUGAGCAAAUGUCUCCAGAUUUUGUUCACUGGUUAAAGAAGAAGAAUCUAUCAAGUGAUGAUCGAAUAAUGCGGCUCAAAGAAGGGUAUAUAAAAGAAGGAAGCACAGUGAGUGUGAUUGGAGUGGUGCAGAGAAACGAUAAUGUGUUAAUGAUAGUGCCACCAUCUGAGCCACUUGCAGCUGGUUGGCAAUGGAGGAGAUGCACAUUCCCAACAACCCUUGAAGGAAUUGUAUUGAGAUGUGAAGACUCAUCCAACGUUGAUGCAAUACCGGUUUAAGUCCAUCAUCAUCAUCAUCACAGCAACAUCAGAAUUUGGUUUCAUUAAAUAUUUUUUUCAUAAACCGUAAGAAGAAUGUGGUUCUUCUUGGUGGUUACGUUUGGUGGGUGGGUGUGGUUUCAUAUACCUAAAAUGAGCUAAUUGUAUUCUUCUUUUUUUGGUUUGUAUAGCUCUGUUGAGUAAGUUGUUUUCGAUAGAACUCGCGUCUUUUACUCGAGGUGUUAUAUAGUAAUAUGUUAUGGCCAAAAUCUUUCUUUUUGUGAAAAAAUACAGAACUCAUUUUGAUGUAUUUUUGAAUCUCAAUUCUUUUCUAUUCAUUUAUUUUGUUCCUAUUAUGUAUUUGCAUAUACAUUGUGAAUGUGUGUGAUAACUGGAG